AUGCUCGAGUGGCUCCGCGGCUUCCCCCAGCAGGAGGCCGAGCUCCCCGAGGAGGACACAGUGGUCAUCUGGGCGGCGAUCGUGACGGCGUUCUUCUUCCUCCUGCGGGCCUCAGAGUACCUCCUCCAGGGCGGGCGCUCGUGGUCCUUCGAGCGCGCGCUGCGCGGGGAGGACAUAGAGCCCAGAAAGGCAGGCAAACGCGUGCCCAGCUUCCAGGACGCCGACGAGAUGGUGAUCUACAUCAAGGGCAGCAAGACGGACCAGCUCAACGUCGGGACGGUGAGGAACCACUACCGCGCUGGCACGACGCUCUGCCCGAUCGCGGCGAUGGGGCGGCUCCAGGCUCACCAUCCCCAGCGGAUAAAGGGCACCGAAGAACGGCUGCCCAUUUUCCGCUGGGCGUCAGGUACCCCGAUUCGCAGGGCCGAGGUGCAGCACUUCCUGACGGUCGCGGGGCUGGCCGCCGGGCUCUCCAGGGAGGAGAUCGGCAGCCGCUCCUUGAGGAUCGGCGGAACGACCGCGAUGUACCACGUGACCGAAGACCUCUCCCGGGUGCGCCGGUUCGGGCGCUGGCAGUCAGACGCGUGCCGCGGCUACCUGUGGGAGUCGCGCGAGCCGAUGAAGGAAGGGCGUGAGAGCCCGGUGCAGGCGCACCUGGCGCGCGCCCAGCCCAAGCCGCCGGCUUGGCCGCAGCGCGCUUGGAUGCUGCAACUCAACGCCCGCGCCGCCGGCAUACCAGCCGCGCGUCCGCAGGACAUCCCCAGCCCGUGCCUCCAGCACUG